ACAAUUUCCAAAAUGCACAUGCAGUUGUCCUUGGGACAGCAGAUGCCCUGCAGCUCUCCCGUCCUGUGCUGAGCAGUGCCACAGCAUUAGCAGGAAGUGUGUGCAUCUUCCCCACAGUCUGAAACUCAGCUGUGAGCUCAGCAUGGCUCCUGCCCUCAGCCUCCAGCAGCUCUACGCAGGCCCUCAUGGCUGCAUAUCAGGAUACAGGUCAAGGACACAGCAAGUCACUUUGCUACCAGGAAGGCAGCCGGCUUGAUGCAUACCAUCACAGCACCCAGGGACCUCUGCUAGCUGGAAAACUCAAGCCCUGCCUGCAGUCCUACAGCUCCAUGUCCUACACAGGGAGUAGGGAAUCUGCCCAACAACCAGGGACAGUCAUGGUGCUAAAGGAGAUUCAGCCCACAGAUGUCCAACCACCUGUCUGCACCUCUACAAACUACCAACCAAUGCCUGCUGAGCAUUCAAAGCCUCUGGAAGCAUAUGGGAUCUUGAAAGAAAACCAAGUCCCAUCACUCCUUCCUUUAGUGACCCUUAACAUUCAGCAGACUCUGUCCUGCUUUUAUGCUGACAGCCAAAAACAGAGGCGCGUAUCGUACAACAGCAGCAUGGGAAAGAACAGCCUGAGUGUGGACAACCAAGAGGCACAUGAAAAUUGGGUCUGCACCAGUUCCAAGAUCCCAUCCUCCUUGACGGAACUCCUCGGGGAAAAAUCCAGCACCAUGGCCCAGCAUACCUGGGACAAGGAGAAGGCGCUGAAGGUGGUGCUGGGGCUGACGAUAGGCCACCUGAGAAGACAGCCGGACACAGCUCGGGCAUAG